AUGCGUUUCACAAACUCUAUCGUCCUAGCCACUCUUUCAGGGUCUUGUCUUGCCGCAAACUGCUUUCGAGAUAAUGGGCAAGACAUCCUCUCCUCAGAUAUUGAGUUUGCCAUCGACGAUGUAGACUCAGGCAAUGUCAACGCUGUCUUCCCCCUUGAGGUCAAAGCGAGCUCAUUCUUCCGCAUCACCCAUGGCGGUGCCGUGAUCAGUAUUAGCAACCGUUUCCUCUUCGACAACACCCAUGUCAGCCAAGCUGAUAUUGUUUCUGCUGCGCGAAAUAUCCGCGAUGAAUGCGGAAGAUUUGGGUAUGCCUCUAUUUACUGGACCUUCUAA